AUAACAGACAACUCACAAUGCAGAUACGCAGGCGUUAAAGUGCUACCCUGGUCUAAGAUGUAUGCUAUUUCAUAACAUCUCAAUUUAUGAUGAAUUUACCUUGUAGCUGGGGAAUACUCCUCCUUCGCUUGUGGAUGCAGGUGGACAUUGUGAGUGGGAUACACCUUCAGGAUGGGACUGGUAAUCCUCUGUCAAAAGAAGGUAGGGUUUCAAGAUGAUUAAUUUUGUACAGACACAGUUUCAGUUCUACUCAGGCUUGUUUACUGACACAUUUUCUCAUACUAACCAAAAUUUUCAAAGAAUUACCCCUUUAUUAGACGUCAGAGGACAAUGCUAAUGCAGCAUGUUUGUCAUUUGCAGAUGUUCGGCUCUUAAAAGAUGAACCAAAUCCUAAAUGUUUCACCCGGACAGAGCAGGACUUCACCUGCUUCUUUGAGACCCCAGACAACAACAGGACUUAUGAUUUGCUCUACAGGUUUACAGGGUAUGUUGUAACUAGUAAAAACAAAUUCCCACACUGAUAUAUUUCACUGAUUAGUAACACAAUAUCUUUCCCGUUUGUUCCAUUUCUCAAUGAAGUCUGCCCAGAAAGAAAAGAUGUGAAAUGUCUGUCCAGAAAACAGAAGAAGGGACUUUCCUCCAUGUCUACUAUUUUCCUGUUCUGGAUAUUUUCUUCUAUGUGGAAACACACCUUGAAGUUGUGGAGCACAACACAACCACCACCGGCCUUUACAAGCGGACCAUCUCUAUGGAGGACCACUGUAAGAUUUGAGCUGAUCUUUAUUUUAACAAAAAAAUAUUUGUUAUUGCUUUGUGUUAGCUAAGUAGGGGCAAAUUAAGCAAGCUAACAACAACAGCUAACCUUUGCUAACGUUAGCUGUAGUGUAGCUAAUAAGUCAUCAAAUAUUGCUGAACCUAAACACAUGCAGCACAGUUUUCACCAAGUAAAUUCAAGUAAAUUUCACCAAGGAAAUGACAUUAUAUAACUUUAAUUGAUGCUUUUUUCUUACUUGUUUUAGUUCUUCUGGAUCCACCUUUUAAUGUGUCUCUACAUCACAAUGCCAAACCAGGACAGCUGCAGGUUUCUUGGCAAUCAGUGAUUCCCAAAUACUGCAAAGAUGAGGAGACGUAUCAGAUUAAGUACUUCUCUAAAGGAAAACAAGAGAAGAUAAAGGAAGAGGUAUGCACUCAAGUGAACCAGAAACUGGAAAACUCAUUUUGAUCUCAAAACACAAGUUUUUGAUUUAAUUCUUUUUUCUCAUAAUGUCAACAGGAUCAUAUUAAUUUGGAUGUUGUGACAAGAAAUCGCUUGUCGUAUUUGACUCAGUGGUAGACUGAAAAGUUUGCUGUCUUCAGCUUUGAAGUCUUAACAUUACUCUGUGUAUUUUUGAGUGACUUGACCAUCUUUAUAUCUGCAGACUUGUAGUUGUUAUCCAAGCAGGUAAAAGGGGUGAAAGCAACACCUUGAAAAACAUUAAUCUGGGCCAUCAUUGGCCUGGCGGGUCCAGCGUGCGCCUCAUUACAGAGGCCACCGCCCUCAGCAGUGGUCACUGUUUGGACCACCACCCGUGGCCAAUUGAUACAUGUCAGCCAUCCUAUCAAUUAGGAAAAAAUGCAAAAUUAAACUAUUUUUGUUGUUUUUGCAGUCGAGAGAGGAGUGCUUACUUGAUCAGCUCGUUCCAGGUGAGGAGGUGAAGGUGCAGGUCAGGGUGAAAUGUGCCUACAAUCCAGACGCCGGACACUGGAGCGGCUGGUCGCAGCCUCUGAGAGCUGUGGUUCCUCAAAGCGCAGGUGUGUCUGAUGUUGAAAAAACACGUUGAGACAUAGACUAGGUGAUGGACUGGGGAUUCAUUAGAAAUGUAUGACCUGAAAGAGUUUUUUACUCAUCUCCAGAUGAUGUUUCACUGAUGUGCUUCACCUCUGAUCUUGAAAAUUUCACCUGUGAGUGGAACGGGAGCAGAUCUGAUGAUCAGAACGAGUUCAAACUUUCAUACCAGAUGAGUCACAGGUAUAAUACUCACUACACUACUGUAUGUCAUCAUUCAGGUAGUUUACAUGCACACCAUAUUCUGAUUAAGGUCCAUAUUGGGAAUGAGACUUUACAUGCACAUCAGAGGGUUGACUUGCAGGAAUAUUCCCAUUUGCAUGGUAAAUCAGCAACAUAUAGCAGCGCCAGUUGCAAAGUCAAGAUUGAUCAAAUGCGACAAACUCGGCACAAACAUUAAGUUCCUCACAAACGCUUUAAGAAAUUGUUGAAUAAUCUUAUUUUCUAUUUGUUCUCAUGAUUUAAAUUUGUAGAUUUGUCUUGUCCUUGCCACAGAUAUCCAAACCUUUGCUCAAACUUUUCACCAUAUUCGACCAAACAAUCUUCCUUACAAACCAAACUUAUACAGAAGUGACCCAGUGUUCUGUUAGGAGCAUUUUCUUUCCAACGUCAUGAACAUUCAAGUCCACACAGGCAUAUCAAAAUACAAUCUGAACAGAGUGACGGUGGUUGAGAUAAGAUGUUUUUAUGACUCAUACUUUAUCAGAAUAUCGCUUUCACUCAGAUCAUUACAGGAAUAUGAUACUGAUGAAUAGAAAGUGAUUUUAUCACCAUGUGCUUCAGUGGAAAACAGGACAUUCAUCAUUUCUGUCAUGAGGAAAGUCAAACUAAUAGCUGAAAUAAAGAAGCUCUUUGCAGAUAAAUUUAAGCAGUUGAGAUUCAAAUGAUAGCAGAUUAAUUCAGGCUGGAUAUGAAAAUAAAUUGUAGUAUAAAACUAAACGGCAGAUUAUCACACAAUCCUGAUUAAAACUCUCAUAAGGAACUCUCAUUUCUUUGUGAAUUUGCCUCCUCUGGACAGAGCAGUCUUUAAGUCGUAGAUCCCCAAUAACUCAUCCUCAUGACUUUUAACGUUAUAUUUAUUGUGAAUAUUUUAUGUGGAAAUGAUAAAAACUCACAUGCUCGGCUGACACCUACCCCUUAAGCUGGUUUCAGGCAGUAAAAGUUUUAAAAAUAAGAAUCCUGCAUCUUGAUGCUAAUGGUCGUGUUUGGUUUUCAUAUCAUAAAAACGUCAUGGCGCAGGGUUGAACAAUGUUAAAAAGGAACCAAAUGCAGAACAAAGGAUUUAUUUAAAAAGAACUAAAUGAAAAAAAAGCAACAAAAACUUACUUCAAGUGUCCAACUGAAAAACCGCAAAAUCAAACAAAAAAAGCACAAGGAGACUAGGAAUCACACACACACACACAGUGACCGACAAAUAGUCACAAUGAACCAACAAGAGCAGAGGGGAAGACAGGGACUACAUACACACUGGAUAACGAGCAACAGGUGAGGCAAACGAGACACAGGUGAAACUCAUGUGUGAUUAAUGAGGGAGGGAAAACUGAGGAAGUAAAACUUGACUAGAAACACAAGAAGUCAACUACUACAAAAUAAAACAGGAAACACUGAAAACUGAUCUAAAGAAUAAAAAACAGAGAACGAGAGGAAAACAGGGUCAAACACAAACUGAAAACUCACAAGAUAAGAUCACAGGAACAUUAGGGAGCAGAAACACUAGGAAAAACACAGAAAAAACACUCAAAGAAAAACUAAAUUAACAGAACAUAUCGUAAACACCCCCAAAAAACCUCCUUAUAGGAGCUUUAAACGCUGGAAAGCAGAGGCAGUCCUUAUUAUGACUUCCAUCAUCUCAUAUCAUCACUACUGAUGAUAAAAACGAGUCAUUUUACAUGAUUAUCGUAUAAUUUCUACAGUGAUGCUUUGGGCUGGACAGACUGGACCGAGUGUCUCGCUGACUGGGACUUGAUUGACCAGUGCCGUUUCUAUGGUAACCAAUCCAGAGGAGUCAGAGUGAAGCUCACCAGCCCCGCAGGUCCUCUCAGCAGAACUUUCUACACUGACAAGUUUACCCUCAAGAAAAGCAGUGAGUGAUUCUAGACUUUGUGAGACUGGGUGGUUUUGAAUGUGUUUGAUUAUUAUUGAUUAUAUGAAGUAAUUUGUAUUUUUUAUUUUAAAGUCAAAACACCCCCACCAAGUCAUGUGAAAGCAGCACUAGAAGAGGAUAAGUUGUGUUUGAGAUGGGAGGCUCCUCUUGUGUCUCUGUCAGCUCACCUGCAGUAUGAAGUCGGCUACCAGAUCAGAGAGAGUGAAGACUGGAUGGUAAGAUGUCUCUGAAGGACACCCACUUUUGUUUCUUUGUAUGUUUGCUCUUUAAGGGGUGGCUGUAACUCAGAAUUAGAGUUGGUUGUCCCCCGUAGUUGUCCCCAAGUCCCCUCUGUUUAUGUGCCUGAGUGUUCCUGGGACAGACACAUAACAUUUUAUCAUACUUGACCCCAAACCGCCCUGGCUGGCUGCACCCAGUUCAUGUGAUAAGAAUUGACACUGAUGGGUACUUUACACAGGAGCCUCAGCAUCAGUGUGCGAAUGUGGCUAAAGCAAUUCACUCAAAACUUAAAUAUCUAUUGCAAAAAAAAGUUUCUGCAUUAACAUGAAAUACGAUAUUUCUGCAGUGUUACAUUUGAGAGGUGCUGUGUUUUGUAUGACAGGCUUGGUAGGAAAAAAAAGACCUUUUAUUAGAUCUGGACUGAAGCUCAAAGUUGCAGGAAAAUGAAAAAUGUGGUUGAAGUAGAAAAAUUUCUGCAAAUAGAAAUUAUCCAGGAGAUGUGAAACAACUGCAUUAGACAUGUCAUUUAGAGUAAAAUUGUGAAAACCAUACAGCUUAAAGAAGAAGUGCCCAACCAGUUAAACUAAUUUUUGAUAUCAAAUCAACUUUUUUUAUCCACAGACGAGACGCCUAAACGGUCCAGAGACCAGCACAUGUCUGGGUGUCCCUUUAGGGAGACACUUCAGUGUGAAGCUCAGAGCCAAACCUGAUGGAUCCGUUUACUCAGGACUCUGGAGCGACUGGUCAGAUGUGCUAACAGGUGACACUCCGACUGACAGAGGUGAGCUCACAGUCAGAUUCAUUAAAGCUCCAGUAGGGGACUUUACGUUUGUGUCAAUUUUGACGCCCCCUGUGGACAAAGCAGUCUCUGCUUUACUGGUCUUCUACAUGCUUAAGUGGUGCUUUCUGGCAAUGUAAUGAUAUGUUUGUUAAGUUGCACUGCUGACCCCCCUACACUGGUUUCAAGCAUUUUAAAUUACAGUAUAAGAAUCAUUAAUCUUACUCCUGAUGUUCAUGUUGACUCUCAUAAGUCAUGAGAAAUUAUUAGUAUGAAUUUCAGAAAACUCCUCACAUGAGCUUUAAAGUCAAAGUCCUACCGCACAUUUACCUAAUCAAUAAUCCUCAGCAGUGUACGUAUGCAGCAGUUUUGGUGUAAUUCAACAAUAAUUACAAAUGUAGUUGUGUCAUAAAAUGAUUUUGAAACAUGAAGUGAACACAAAUGUGAACAUAAUAAAUGUAUUAGAUUCAUAAUUUUGGGUUUAUGCACUCAUGUCUUAACACAAACUCCACAGGUCUGUUGCUGAUACUGUUUGUCCCGGUGUCUGUGCUGCUAUUUGCCGUCAUCCUCAUCUUCAUAUUUUACUCAUACCACAGGUAGGACCAAUGCAUCCCUCUAUUUAGACAGAAAUGUUGAAUUUAAAAACCAAAAAGCACCAAUUUAAAACUAUUUUUUCCAAAUCUAUUAAAGCUGUGUCUAUAAAAUGUUCAAAAACUUGUUUUAUUUGUUCAUUUGAAGGAAGCUGAAGCAGUAUUUUUGGCCACCAGUUCCCAACCUUGACAAAGUCCUGCAGGGUUACCUGACGGAGAUCAAGGGGCAGAAAUGGGUAAAUUACUCAGUAGUCUUCUCUGUUUUAUACCUGAUACCUGUACUGCUAAUAGGGCGACACAUUACAGAAAAGUUAUGUAGAAGGAUGUGAAACUCAGAGUGUCCAAAAGCAACAAUAGAUCUGUAAAUUAUGCUUUUAUUAACACUUUAAGGUCUUAUAUGUGGAUGCUGAUUACAAGGGCUAUUAAAGCUGCAUCCUUUCCAUUUGACACUGUAUAGGAUCCUCCGAUACCAGCCAAGCAGUGCUUUGAGGAAACCACCUCUUCACUGGUGGAGAUAAUGUUUGCAGAUGAGAUUUCAGGCUCCGAGAAACCGUCAGGAGAAUCGACUCAGCUCCUCAGAUCAUCAGACAACGACCUCCCCGACCUCGAACCGACGAACGAAAAACGCAAGAGUGAAGAGUUUCCAGAUUAUGUGACUUUGAACAAAGACAGCGUCAUCCUCUGUCCGAAGGGAAACACAUACGUCUACGAGCAGAUUGGAGAGAAAGAAAGGCUGGUGAUCGAGAAAGAGCUCCUCCAGAAAUGUCAGUCUCUCUGCAGUGAGUCGGUCUUCAUCCCGGCGUGCCAGGACACCAACUUUCUGAAUCAUUCCUACUUAGCUGUGGCUGAGCCCGCGGAGAGGUUUGACAGCGAGGUGACUGCUGUGAGGGGUUCAGGAAACAUCUAUACUAACCUCCCCUGUGGCUAAAAGUUUGUACUUUAUGUUUUGAUUAUAUUUGACACAUAUUUUAUAUGAAAUGCUGUAAAUAGAAGAAAUAUACAGAUUCAUAUUUCCUGCAUCAGCUCCCUGCGUGGAAAAUAAAAAGGCACAAUAUUUUAUGUCAGGAUUGAUGCAGCUUGUAGUUUAACUCAUGGCGUGUUUCUAUGUUUUCAGAGCAAAACGAGGUUUGCUCUUUGACCACGGAGCUCAUGAUUUCUGAAAACAACUCAGAUUUGAAGCUCCUGUGGAGGAGGUUCUUUUAUGGGUGAUGAAACAGGCUGAGUAUUAAAACAGCUGUUUCUGUAUGACCCACUUAUGCAAACAAGAUGUAUUAUUGCUGUAUAGUUAUUAAAUAGUGGUAGGGGGUAGAUGCCAGGUGAAGCAACAACAGAUCGCAGCAGAAACAGUUUUUUUAAUCACAUUUUCAAGAGCAAAGAUUCUGGAUGUGUAGUAAAUGUGAACAUUAACAGAACAUUAUGAUAUUAACAUUAUAGAUUUUUCAGGUAAAUUUGGGCCAAAGUCAACCAAGUGAAUUCUUUUGAGGAGCUUCAAGAUAAACCAUUUUUAACAAAUGAGGCGAAAACAUUGAAAUUCUGUGUCAGUUCAAGUUUUACUGAUAUUGAAGAGAUUUAUGUCACUGUACACAACACUGCUGUGGCUUAAAUUAUCCACAAGAGGGCGCUCAAGUGCUUUUUUAGAUUUAACGAGAGACUUCACCAGAGUUACUAAAGCAGGACCAAAUACCAUCAUAUAAACAUGCAUUCCUUGGUAUUAUAUGUAUUGAUCAAAUAUAUUGAUUAUAUAUGUUUAUUCUGAUUAUGAGGUUUUGCAUUUCCUUCACCUGAGUAAGAAAUUGAUGUUUAAUUUAUGAAUGCAGGUAUAUUUUGAAAAAUCUAUUAAAUCCAUUAUAAUGUGUUUUGACCACAUAUGUUAAAAAUACUUUAAUCCUACAUAUAUAUUUGUAUGGACCACUUACAUAUCUGUGUAUUUCACCUCAUAUGGACAUUUAUUUCAUGUAUGGGAAUGCAAUAUGUGUAAAUAUAUAACAUUUCUGUACGGGUUGUAAAAAUGUGAUUUAUUUUGUGCUUUUAAAAAGAUACGUCAAAAUUUGUGAUCUGAAUCGACUUUUAAGAAGGUAACCAUGAAUGACCUUAAAUUUGUUUAAACUGUUCAAUACUGUUCUAACCUAAAUCACCUCAAUUCAGGCUCCCCUUCACUGUCUCCUUAUGAACCUCAGGAUCAGCCUUAAAAUCGUCUAAAUCACCGACUAAGCCAUGCGUGUUCUUGCUGCUUCUUACAUAACAGAAUUACUGAUCCUAUACGAUGUAAGCCGUCCCCCCAGGUCUCCUGAUCAGGGUCUUUCAUCUGAGUCUGUGGCCUGUUUGAAUCAGCUUUUAAACCUCAGUUUUACAAACACUUUGUGUCUGUGAGGAUUGUUAGUGUGGUGUUUUUGUUCUGUCAGGAGCUGAUUGUUGUUAACUGUGUUUUUACCUGUCUGGAUGCAUCACUUGCUGCUUUUCUGUUGCUCUUGUAUCUGAAGCACUUUGUAACCUUGUGUUUUAAAAGAUAUCCUCGAUUAUAUAAAAAUGAUCAUUUUUUGUUAAUAAACAUUAAAAGCUGU